GCUCUUCUAGAUGUCUUCUCUCUCAGCCAUGACAACAAGUUCAAUCUCUCAUCACUAAUGUUUGUCAAGAUUGCGGAACAAACGGGCUGGGUGUAGCAGUGAUCAGAAGCACUCAAAAUGGCUGCUGGAUUGAUCACUCGGAAUACUCUUCGCCUAAAAACAGAAAUUGGGAUAUGUCAGAUCGAAUUAUGUGUGGGAGACAUAACCCAGCUCCAAAAAGAAGAUAAAGUUGACGUCCUUGUGGUUUCGGCCUUUCCAGGAGACUACUCUCCAACACCAAGCUCACUAAUAGGUCAACUGCAACAAAAGCUUGGUGUAAGUGUUCGUAAGUUGUCAAAAGACAAGGAAGAAGACUUGCGCAAGCAGUAUUUUUGUUGGUGGUCCAAACCYUUACCAGAGCACCUCAGCUUUAAAAGAAUUCUUUGUUUUGAGGGMGGUUUUGGUAGCCAUGGAACAACUCCUCCUAAAGUCAUUGGUGCAGUGUUUAGAUGCCUGGUACCAAUUCUAAAUAACAAGGAAGGAACUGUUAUUAUGCCGUUGCUUUCUUGUGGAGACCAGGGAUAUUCAAGAAAAAUAGUUUUGAAGCAACUGUUGAAUGCUGCUGUGCACUGGAUGAAAGCAGGUCUUCCUCUUCGUACCCUGAAGAUCGUUCUGUUUUCAAGGAAUCCAGAGAAGGAAGAUAAGGGAAUGGAACCUUUGUUUGAGCUUUUUCAAAAUUUUCAGACAAAAACAGAGGAUGCUGAUGAGUUGGAAGAAAAGGAUGAGGAGGAUGACUUGUUGUAUGAUAUCUACAUAUCCCAUUGUCCAAAUGAACACAGCUUGGCGCUUAAAAUCAAAGAAUUUCUUCAGGAAAAAGAAAGCAAAAGCCUCAAAAUAUUUGACGAAGUACAACAACUCAACGAAAACGAAUCUUGGCAAGAAGAUAUCUAUAAAAUCAUGGUGAAAUGCUCACGUGUUGUGACGUUGCUAAGCCCAGAUUAUCUGGCUAAUGAGAGUUGCAUUGAACAGUACAACAUUGCGUUGUGUAUCAGUCGAAGGAAACAUAAGGAAGUGCUGGCACCUUUUUAUGUUAUUUCUGUGGAGAACCUGCCGACUUAUAUGGGACUGAUGCAGUAUAUCGAUUGUAGACCCAAAAACAUCGAAAAACUGAAAAUGGCUUCGGAUUCAAUAAAGCAAUGGCUAGAAGCAAACAGCGUCAAAACAGUAUCUACCGAGACGAUGAAGGCCUUAGCCGACCAGCCUCUAGUGGCUCAAGACUACGAAKUAUUCAUAUCAUAUUCACAUCAAAAUAAAGACGACGCCAUCCGAAURCUCACAAGUUUGAAGACUAUUGAUCCAGCAUUGAAUGUGUUCAUCGAUUCUUCUGGACUCARUACCGGGGCGUCAUGGCAACAAUCAUUGUACCAUGCAAUAGACGAAUCCAAAGUAAUGGUAGCAUUACUUUCUACUGAUUACCUCAAGUCUAAAGUAUGUAAAGAAGAGUUCUCAUUGGCUCUCGCUCUCCACAUGGAUGAAAGCAGAGACUUCAAACUCGUGUCUAUUCUCAUUGAGGACAUCGYCGAGUUACCUCAUUGGUGUCAAAAACCCAAACCAGUGGAAUGUACCUCAGUGGAGGUAGACCGUCCGARUCUUUUUGCUAGAAUUGCCAAGAAUAUAUCCACCUCAUUGCAAGGUUGCUCUCAAUACGAAAGUGAGAUAGAAAGAAGACUGACCCAUCUGACAGACGAACAGAUUUCGAUYGAUGAGCUCACCCAGAAUUACAGAAAGAUCAAAGUCGUGAUUCGUAAGAAUUUUCUGAGUGAACCACUAGUCUUUCCUGGUYACCAACCAAAAACUCAAGCCGGACACACCCAUGGAACCACACCAAAGUCUGUUAYUAAUAGCAACGAGGUGGCUUGUACUGUAGCUUUAAGUUUUGCAGAAGAAGAUGCCAGUGCUGCUGAAGCUAUGAAGUGCCUUCUUCUCAAACAGUGCCCUAGCAUCACGAUUAGUUUACCUCGAAGAAACGCGACUUCAAGGCUUAACGACUUGGAUGUUGCACAACUGAUCAUAAUCUUUUUAUCUCCUGCCUACUUGAAUKCAAAAGAACUGGUUGAGGAGCUCAACAUUGCGUUGUACCGUCAGCGCUCCACGUCUCAUAAAGUAGUGUACCCAAUCCAGGUCUCUCCAUUGCCACCCAAACCCAGUUACGUUCGUCUUCUCCCAUAUGAGUUCGCGRCGAUGGAUUAUUCCUGGAUGCUGAGCGCUCUUGGUGGAAAAAUAAACCGUGAAAGUAUCGAGUGUUUUGCUGAAGAGAACGAUAUUAGUGCUGGUGUUGCUUGUUGCCUCAUGGACGCAUCUGACUUGAUCGUCCAGAAAAUAUCUAAUAAUGAUGACGAUGAAGAACAUUAUCAAAUGGUACUUUUGAACGUCCUUGAAGUACAACACGUGUGGGAGCAAAUGCUUGAGAAGCUGAGCAAAGAAGGUUUGGAUACUUUGAAGAGAUCAUUUGGAAUCCAGGUUAAGGAUAAGGAAUCCAGUGCAUCCAUUGCAGAACAUGGCACUGAAGGUCCAGUGUCUGAAGAUCAAGGAAUUGAAGCUAAUGAUGAAAAUGUAGGCACAGCACACAGCAAAARGGCAACUUCUGGGCAUGGUGCUUCUGAUAAAGGAAAAUCUGUGUCAUUUUCUUCUCAUGUUGGGACUACUUCAGGUAGUUAUGAUCUGACCAAAGGAGAGGAAAAGGCCAGCAAAUCUUGCAUUGUAGUUUGAAAUAURAAUCAUAUAAAUCAUAAUAGGUCCCUGGAGGAAAUAAUAAAUCAUGAGGGUUUUAAAUAAAUGAAUGUCAUUUUGGUACACGCUAAGUUCAUGUACUUGUUACGUAUACACCAUAUUAAAAAACAACUUUUUGGGCAGUUUGAAAAGGAGAAAUCCUCCAAACGAAAUACGAAGGGUGUCGGUUCUGGGUUUUCGAUUGAUUUCGUAAUCUCUAACCAACAAAAAGAAGAAGAAAAAGCUGUACCAUUUUUGAAUUCAUGCAAAGUUCACCGGAAAUCAGCGUGAGUCCGUCAAAUUAAUUAUCCAUACACAAAUCGGUCCCAAACUUACGGRUUUGACUGAGAUCAAUCAUCAAUCAAGAAAGCUGCACCAGUGAAGGCAAUUUUAGUUCAUAAUACGAGGCACGAGAAAUCACAAGCCAAUAAUAAAACCGCAGUUUAUGYUGACUACUGGUUUCUUUUUCUAUCCUAUAAGUAUUUAAAAAAUAAACGAUUAAAAAAACGCAACAAAA